GUGGUGUACUUCACGGCCACGUUCCCGUAUGUCGUGCUGGUGAUUCUCCUCAUCCGAGGAGUUACCCUGCCAGGAGCUGGAGCUGGAAUCUGGUACUUCAUCACACCAAAGUGGGAGAAACUCACGGAUGCCACGGUGUGGAAAGAUGCUGCCACUCAGAUUUUCUUCUCUUUGUCUGCUGCCUGGGGAGGUCUGAUCACUCUUUCUUCUUACAACAAAUUUCACAACAACUGUUACAGGGACACUCUAAUUGUAACCUGCACCAACAGUGCCACGAGCAUCUUUGCUGGCUUCGUCAUCUUCUCCGUCAUCGGCUUCAUGGCUAACGAACGCAAAGUCAACAUUGAGAAUGUGGCUGACCAAGGGCCAGGCAUUGCAUUUGUGGUUUACCCAGAAGCCUUAACCAGGCUGCCCCUCUCUCCAUUCUGGGCUAUCAUCUUUUUCCUGAUGCUCCUUACUCUUGGACUUGAUACUAUGUUUGCCACCAUUGAGACCAUAGUGACCUCCAUCUCGGAUGAGUUCCCCAAGUACCUGCGCACACACAAGCCAGUCUUUACUCUGGGCUGUUGCAUUUGUUUCUUCAUCAUGGGUUUUCCAAUGAUCACUCAGGGUGGAAUUUACAUGUUCCAGCUGGUGGACACGUAUGCUGCCUCUUAUGCCCUUGUCAUCAUAGCCAUUUUUGAGCUUGUUGGGAUCUCCUAUGUGUACGGCUUGCAAAGAUUCUGUGAAGAUAUAGAGAUGAUGAUUGGAUUCCAACCCAACAUUUUCUGGAAAGUCUGCUGGGCAUUUGUAACCCCAACCAUUUUAACUUUUAUCCUUUGCUUCAGCUUUUACCAGUGGGAGCCCAUGACCUAUGGCUCUUACCGCUACCCUAACUGGUCCAUGGUGCUCGGAUGGCUAAUGCUCGCCUGUUCCGUUAUUUGGAUCCCAAUUAUGUUUGUGAUAAAAAUGCAUCUGGCCCCUGGCAGAUUUAUUGAGAGGCUCAAGUUGGUGUGCUCGCCACAGCCAGACUGGGGACCGUUCCUGGCUAAACAUCGUGGGGAUCGUUACAAGAACAUGAUUGACCCUUUGGGAACUUCUUCUCUGGGACUCAAACUGCCAGUAAAGGAUUUGGAAAUGGGCACCCAGUGUUAGUCCAAUGGUGGGGAAUAGUCCAGACUUAAUCCUGUUUUUCCUCUCUGCCUUUCCCUAAGAUAUUCCCAAGCUUUGCUCCCAUUUUUCUUAUUCUUUUUCCCCACAUCUUGGUUCACAGCCAUGCAUGAGAGUGUUACAUAGAAUAGUAGGACAUAGUGUCGCAUGCUAUAGUGAGAGCCACAUGGACCACUUGAAA